GCCGCCAAACGCUUUGAACUUGCCAUGAAGCGCCCGAUCCCGACGACGGACGAUGAGCUCGGAGGUGACGAUCCUUCCUCGGCUCCAUGGCUCUCCUUGAACAUGUCAGGGUUUGUCGGGUCCACUUUCGACGUGGUCGUGCAAGAUGAAACGACGGUGGUCUGGACCUUCGAGUGCGCUCCCGACGACGACUCGGGCGACGUCGGUGUCACGGUUUCGCGCAACAAGUGCUUCGGCGCACCGGUGACGCUCACGAUCACGCUCUUGCCGUACAACCUGUUGCAUGCGUCGGCGGCGUCGGCGGCGUCCCAACAGGUUCAAGUGUCGGUCGUGUUGGAGGACGAGGUGGAUGUGGCGACGUUCGUGCCGUUCUACCACAUGAGCGACUUGAUGAACCAGAACCCAUUCGUGUCCCCCAACACAGGCAAGUUUGAGCUGAAACUCUCCGUGUUUUUGACUGUCAUCGACGUCGCGGACGGGUACUCGGCGCCGCCAGCUUCCGAGAUCCCCCUCAAGCGCAUGAAGUCGGAUGAUGGAAGCACGAGUCCCACGGGCUUUGACGACGACGCGUCGGCGCUGGACUCGGAACUGUCCCUUCUCGAUCAACCGUUGGACGACAAGUCCGGUCUCGUGGACUUGACGAUGAGCCUCAACUACGAUUCCAAGACUGCUACCGGCAUGGUCGGGUUGAAGAACCAAGGCGCAACAUGCUACAUGAACUCGCUGCUCGAGACGCUGUUCUACCUCCGUCCAUUUCGAAAAGCCGUGUACGAUACCCCCACCGCCGACGACGACAGCACCAAUUCCGUCGCGUUGGCGCUACAGCGUGUGUUUUACAGAUUGGAAACAUCGGUGAAAGCAGUAAGCACAAAGGAACUGACCAAAGCCUUUGGGUGGUCGCACAUGGAUGCGUUCACACAGCACGACGUGCAGGAACUGUAUCGCAUUUUGUGCGAUCGGUUGGAAGACAAGAUGAAGCACACCCCCGUGGACGGCCUCAUUCCGGCGCUGUUUGAAGGCAAAGUAACGUCGUUCGUGUCUUGUGUGCAUGUCGAGUGCACGUCCAGCAGACACGAAUCGUUCUACGACCUACAGCUAGACGUCAAGGGCUGUGUGAACCUGGACGCAUCCUUUGAAAAGUUUGUCCAAGUAGAAACCCUCGACGGAGACAACCAGUACGACGCUGCCAACGGGUUUGGCAAGCAGGAUGCCAAGAAAGGACUGAGCUUCCACUCGUUCCCGCCCAUCCUCAAUAUCCAACUCAAACGUUUUGAAUACGACCCGUUGCGGGAUGGAAUGGUCAAAGUGCACGAUCGAUUUGAGUUUCCCAAGCAAUUGAAUCUUGCAGCGUAUAUGGACUCCACUGCGUCGCCCGACUCGACGAAAUACCAUUUGCACAGCAUCCUCGUGCAUUCAGGAGACGUCCACGGCGGCCACUAUUACGUGUAUAUUCGACCCCACGGCCAAGAUCCGGCCAACACUUUGUGGUUUAAAUACGACGACGACCUCAUCUCUGCCGUCGACGAGGGCGAUGUGAUGGAGAGCAGCUUUGGCAGUCCGUUGGCCGGCGUCACGUCGUUUAGCAGUGCGUACAUGCUGGUAUAUGUACAAACGGGAGUGGGCACCGUCGAACACACCAUCCCCGCGGCACUGGCGGCGCGCUUUCAAGCCGAAGAGGUCGCCGCACGGAAACGCAAGCGCCUCGCGCAACGCGAGCAUUUGUUCCUGUCCGUACGCAUCGCCACAGACGACGCCGUCGGUCGGUUCCGCCGGAUCACUCGAACACUCGACUUUGUCGCAUUACCCAAGCCCAACAAAGUACCCACGCACUUGCUCUCGUGCAAAGUGCUCAAGACCAACACGCUCCGCCACCUGUACGGCCAAGUGGCGAUGGAGACGGGGGUGCCGAUCAACGAGAUGCGGCUGUGGAAGUUGGCGACCCGGGAGAACCAGACCACGCGGCCGGAUGAGCCCCUGGACAAGCACCCGCUCGAGGCGACGUGCGCCGCAGUGUUAGAAGACGACGUCCACACCAAGCAAGUGCUGCUGUUUCUCGAAAUUUUCCCGCCGCACACGUCCGACUGCACGGGCGUGAUCAAACGCUUUCCCAUGCAAACAUUUACACCGCCGCCGCCGCCGGCAGCUCCAGCGACCGACGACGAAAGCGACGACUCCCUGGACGACCUCGCGCCGCCCCAACUCGAUCCGGUAGCGGCCGACCGCGUGCCCCUUCCCGUGUCAGAUCAUGCGAUUCUGCUGUUCAUUAAGCACUACAAUCCCACGGUCCCCGUCAUGGCCGACAGACUGGAGUAUGUCGGAAACGUCAUCGUGUCAACUGACAUGACAGUGUCUGAAUUGAGUCGAUUGAUUCAGCAGCACUUGCGUACACCCGACGCCCCCCUGGACAUGUACGAGCUGCUGCAGCCAGAAUCCAUCAACUUGCUCGACAAUCCCCACGCCACACUAGUAGACUCGGAGCUCCAGCAUGGCGAUAUUAUCGUCGUGCAAGAGUCGAUUACUCCCCCAAACAAUCGCAACGAUCAGGACCACGUGCCGCCGCCUACAUACCCGUCGGCGCCGUUAUACUUUGACUACCUCUUGAACCGAGUCGACAUAUCGUUUUACGAGGUGGUAUUGCCAGCCAAUUGCAGCCCCUCCCGUGCUCCUCUAUUGUGUCUUGACCAACAGGACAAGGUGGUGGCGACAACGCUAACGUGCCUGCUUUCGCAGUCAUAUGACAGUAUCGUGGCCCAACUGGCCGCGCACGUCGCCGCCAUCCCCGACGCCCUCCACGUCCGCCUCUUCCCCUCCUCGUCCUCGUCUGGACCAAAACUCGACGCGCCGUUUCUGCAUCGCACCAGUCGCCAGCUCACGCUGCGGGGCAUGGUCGACGCGACCCAGGCGUCCCCCCACCCCCUCUCGCUCUACUACCAAGUGCUUCCGCCUUCGUUUUCCAUUCUCGACCUCGAACGCAUGGUCAAGUGGACGCUGCACCUGUCCCCGUACGAGCCCCGGUGGUUGCAUGCGUCGUUACACGUCCACGAGCUAUUGCUCGAUCCUGCCGACACGGUCGAAGACGCGCUCGUCAAACUGCAAGCGCACAUUUUGCCGCCAAAAGAUAACGACGAGGAGGAUGGGAGUGUGAUGACGUGGCACCUCGUCGAGACAAGAGACCGCAGCACGAUCGUCAAGAUCCACCCGCCAGACACGGCCGUUGCCAGCGUCUUUGUCAGCCCCAGCGCGCCCCUGUACGUGGAUUCCGUCCCCCCCCAAGAAGGAAAUGAUACAACGUGGCUGGGGGUUGUGGGGGUCAUGCACUUCAAUUCGUCUGCGACAGCGUGGAUCCACACCCAUAGCACGCCGUGUCUCGUACACGUGUUGACGACCGACACGGUCGCCACUGUGCGACACAGACUGCAGCGACGGAUGCAAAUCCCCGACGAAGAGUUUGCUACGUGGAAAUUCGUCGCGAUUUUCGACCACAAAGCGUAUGGUUUGGGAACAGGCGCAGAGCCAGAGUACCUUGCAAUGCGCGUGGUGGAAUGGCUUGACAAGAUGGGGUUGCAACUGAGCAAGACGCUGUUCUUCGGGCUGGAGCAUCCCCCCGCGCCGCUCAAGGCGGACCAACCGCGGCGGCGCCAGGAGCUCGGCAUCAAAAUCCGAUCCAGUUAGUUGCUAGUGGUGAUAUUGCGAAUAUAAAAAGAAUCACAAACACUUCGUCGUUGC